CCAUCUCCGUUUGGUUAUAGAGUCCAUGGUCCAUCAGGCCCAUUAUAUAAUCAACUUCUGCCUUCCAGAAAGUAGGCCUCUGAUAUAACCGCAAUGAAUGGCGGACAGAGCAGUAACCCUACCUAACCUUUCGGGCAAACAUCAACAAACCACAAACAAACGAACAAACAAACAACAAACAAAUGAACAAACAACAACUAUAGCAACAGCCUUGUUGACCAUAUUAGCAGAAGCAAAUGUCGUCAUUCUCGUUUGAAUCCAUCAAGGAUCAUUUUCUUCGCUCUAAUGGCGGGAGCCCUCCGGCUCUGACGGCGGGCCUGAGCGUCUUUUUGGUGUUUAUGUUCAUAAUGAACAGUAUCUUUGGUAUCAACAAGGCGCUGGCUCUGAACACGGACUCGCUGUUUACGUUGGAUCUUAACCGUAUCUCGCUGUACCCGUUGGGCCACGUCUCUAUUCUCCAUGUCAUCUUCAACAUCCUGGGUCUGAUGACCCCAUUGUCGAAAUUUGAACGUUCUCAUGGUACUGUUUACACCGGAGUUAUGCUUAACCUGUUUGCAGUGUUCACUGCCAUCCCAUACUGUGUCUUUGGUUACUAUCUAUGGCCCAACACUAAAGUGCUGGGCUCCUCAGGCUGGUUCUUCUCGUUCAUCACAUUCUUUGCAUACAAGGAAUCGCUGAUUAAACCGACGUUUAGAGUGACGCCUCAGUACUCCAUCCCUACACUAUAUACCCCUUUGAUCUUGGUGCUUCUCGUCGGCUUGCUAAUGCCAGGAUCCAGUUUCAUGGGUCAUCUAUUCGCCGUUGUUGUCGGCUACGCGUAUUCCUUCAAGUACAUGGAUGUGUUGGUACCACCUUCAAAAGUUAUUGAAUGGAUUGAGUCAAAACUCGAAAAGUUGAUCGACUUGAUUCCAUCGGCAUUCACGUAUUACAAAGAAGUCGACGCGAAACAUCUAAGAGAACAAGGUGAAUACGUGUCGUUGUUCGAACCGCUGACUCUUGAAUCUGGUGAAACUGCUUCUGGAGGUUUCCCAGGUGAAGGAAGAGUGGUGGGUACUGUCUAAGUUCAUUGAUUCUUCCUACACUAAUAGAACAAGGGAAAUACAAAAAGAUGCAUAUAAAAUAUCAGCAUUUGUUCUUAUAAGAAUAGUUAAAAGCCUCAGC